UCAAACGGAUUGUCUCAAUGUGGCUAUUUGGAGGGGAAAAGAAUUUAAGACCCUGGAAAAUAGUCUGUGCGGACUUAAAAAAAGAAGAUAACACCGUGAAGAAAGCCAAAACCCUGAACAGAUUUUGCUUUAAUCCUGCGUCUGGAUCAUGUGUCUGCCAUUGGCACGCGCACUUUACUAUCCUCGCAAUGCGCGUGCGGUGUGCUAAGUAUUUGAAGCGAUGAACGGAGGAUAUCAGCACAAAAUCUUACCUGAAAUAUCUUGAAGACUCUAUUACAUCGUGGAUUUUCCGGUAAAGGAUGAUAAUGUGUUGUUUUUUAGGCAAUAACUGGCUUUUUCGAGGAGCUGUUUCCAUUGCGCGCGAUGGGAGGUGAAUGGUUGAUGAGCGCGCGCUACGAUUCCCUGAAUCCAGUUUUAUGACAUGAAGUUUUUUAUUUUUACCCAUUUUGAUUACAAAGCCAUGGAUAAGCGCAAAAGACUGUUAUUUUUCCUUUUUUACUUGAUGUCAAAGUUUUACCAUAGUGACCAACAGGUCAUACGAAUCGGGGGAAUCUUUGAGACGCGGGAGAAUGAACCCGUCAGUAUGGAUGAACUCGCCUUUAAAUUUGCUGUUACAAGUAUCAACCGAAACAGAACCUUGAUGCCAAACACCACGUUGACCUACGACAUCCAGAGAGUUAACCUCUUUGACAGCUUUGAAGCCUCCCGAAGGGUAUGUGACCAGCUGGCCCUGGGGGUUGCGGCGGUCUUCGGCCCCUCUCACAGCUCCUCGGUCAGUGCCGUCCAAUCCAUUUGCAAUGCUCUAGAGGUGCCACACAUCCAGACACGCUGGAAACACCCAUCUGUGGACAAUAAAGACAAUUUUUACAUUAACCUCUACCCUGAGUACACCUCCAUAAGCAGGGCUAUCCUGGACAUUGUCAUUUUCUACAAAUGGAAGUCUGUUACUGUGGUUUAUGAAGACAGCACAGGAUUAAUGCGUAUGCAGGAACUGAUCAAAGCUCCGUCCAAAAACAACCUGAAGAUCCGUAUUCGCCAGCUGGCGUCGGGAGGAGGUGACAGUCGCCCCCUGCUGAAGGAGAUGAAGAAAGAAAAAGAGUUUUACGUCAUCUUCGACUGCUCCUACCAAGUAGCCGCCGAGCUUCUCAAACAGCUGAUGUCGAUGGGUAUGAUGACAGAGUAUUAUCAUUUCUUCUUCACUACUUUGGAUCUGUUUGCUUUGGAUCUUGAGCAAUACCGCUACAGUGGAGUCAACAUGACUGCCUUCCGCCUCCUGAAUCUAGAUGAUCCGUAUGUGGCUUCCGUGAUCCAGAAGUGGUCCAUGGAGCGCCAGCUGGCACCGCCCAAACCUGAGAGUGGAUUGAUGAGCGGCAUUAUGACUACCGAGGCUGCUCUCAUGUAUGACGCAGUGUUCAUGGUUGCUGUUGCGUCUCAACGGGCCACACAGAUGACAGUGAGCUCCCUACAGUGCCACAGACACAAACCCUGGAGGUACGGCCCGCGCUUCAUGAACUUGUUUAAAGAGGCCCAGUGGGAUGGUUUGACUGGACGGAUAGUCCUUAACAAGACUGAUGGUCUGCGGAAAGAGUUCAACUUAGACCUCAUCAGCCUCAAGGAGGAUGGCACGGCGAAGCGAGUGGCUGAUGGUGCAGCACGACCUACUAAAUUAUGGACAAAGAUUGGAGUGUGGAACUCUUAUACAGGCCUCAACCUGACUGAGGUAAAAGACAGUAAAAACAUCACAGACUCUCUGGCUAACAGAACGCUUAUCGUCACCACAAUCCUGGAAAACCCCUACGUUAUGUAUAAGAAGUCUGACAAGGCGCUAUAUGGGAACGAUCGCUUUGAAGGCUACUGUCUAGAUCUGCUAAAGGAGCUCUCCAACAUCCUGGGAUUCACCUAUGAGGUCAAGCUGGUUUCUGAUGGCAAAUAUGGAGCUCAGAAUGACAAAGGCGAAUGGAACGGCAUGGUUCGGGAACUAAUCGACCAUAUAGCUGACCUGGCUGUGGCUCCGCUGACCAUCACUUAUGUCAGAGAGAAAGUUAUCGACUUCUCCAAACCCUUCAUGACCUUGGGCAUCAGCAUAUUGUACCGAAAACCAAAUGGCACCAAUCCAGGUGUGUUCUCUUUCCUCAACCCCCUCACCCCGGAUAUCUGGAUGUACGUGCUGCUGGCCUGUCUUGGAGUGAGCUGCGUGCUUUUUGUGAUAGCCAGGUUCACACCGUAUGAAUGGUAUAACCCUCACCCCUGCAACCCCUCAUCUGAAGUGGUUCAGAACAACUUCACACUGUUGAAUAGUUUAUGGUUUGGUGUCGCAGCUCUAAUGCGUCAAGGAUCUGAGCUGAUGCCUAAAGCUCUGUCCACCAGAAUCGUGGGAGGGAUUUGGUGGUUCUUCACUUUAAUCAUCAUAUCUUCAUACACGGCCAACCUGGCUGCUUUCCUCACAGUGGAGAGAAUGGACUCCCCAAUCGAUUCAGCUGACGAUUUAGCCAAGCAGACUAGAAUUGAAUAUGGUGCAGUGAGAGAUGGCUCCACAAUGACUUUCUUUAAGAAAUCAAAAAUAUCAACGUAUGAGAAGAUGUGGGCGUUCAUGAGCAGCAGGAAGAACACAGCCCUGGUGAAAAACAACAAGGAAGGGAUUACAAGAGUCCUGACCACUGACUAUGCCCUCCUCAUGGAGUCCACCAGCAUAGAGUACAUCACACAGAGAAACUGUAACCUCACCCAGGUCGGAGGCCUGAUCGACUCUAAGGGCUAUGGAGUUGGCACUCCAAUAGGCUCACCCUACCGCGACAGGGUGACCAUCGCCAUCCUGCAGCUCCAGGAAGAGGGAAAGUUGCACAUGAUGAAGGAAAAAUGGUGGCGAGGUAACGGAUGCCCUGAGGAGGACAAUAAAGAAGCCAGUGCCCUGGGUGUGGAGAACAUCGGAGGCAUCUUCAUCGUGCUGGCCGCCGGUCUCGUGCUGUCCGUGUUUGUGGCCAUCGGAGAGUUCAUUUACAAGUCGCGCCAAAACAGCGAUAUUGAAGAGGCCUUCUGUUUCUUUUACGGAGUCCAAUCCCGGCAGCUGCAAAGAAGCGAUUCCAUCUCCUCCACUGGCACGUCCUUAUCAACAGAUUUAGAGAGCGGGCGGCUCCUCGGGGAUGACAUAUGUUCUUCGCGUUAGCCACACACUCUCGUAUCUGUAAGGGCUGUGCGUUAUUUAAAGAAAUAUAAACUCCUUUCCCUCAUUUGCCCAUCUACUGGUUACUUCCAAACCAUCUUCCCAAACCCUUGACCUCAAUCCAGCACCGAUGCGGCUCAGAAAUUUACUACGGUUUUCAAAGAGAUGAAGAACACUUUCAUUUUUUGUUGCACACCCUGUCUGCGGACAGAUAAGAAAUGGAGUGCUCUCAGAAACUUUUAUAUACUGGCAGAAGCCAUUCGAAGCUAAAUUUGAAGUGUGAACUCUCUACAUUUGAUGUCCUAAAUUCUCCCUCUCAUUUUCUCAGGGCUUUCUCAAAAGAUCGACCCACACAGUGAGGGUAAUAAUAAUUAUAAU